UCCAGGAGGAACAAGUCCGGGCGCAGGAGGGGCGAGAAGACACUUUUUCAGCUCAGACUCGGCGGAAUAUCGCGCCCGCUUGGCAUGGAAUGACCCCCGGAGCGCCCAGACCCACGAUGGCCGCCCGUCCCCCCCGCUGGAUCAGCCUCGCCGCGCUGCUCUGGCUCGGCUCCUGCGCGCUGGCGGAAAAGAAAGUGUGCCAGGGCAUCACCAACCGCCUGAACCUCCUGGGGUCCAGGGGGGACCACUACCUGAACAUGGUCAAGACCUACAGCAACUGCACCGUCGUGCUGGAGAACCUGGAGGUCACGUACAUGGAGGAGCACCAUGACCUGUCCUUCCUCAGGUCUAUUGAAGAAGUGGGCGGCUACGUUCUGAUCGCCCUCAACACGGCGCCCAGGAUCCCUCUGGACAACCUGCGCAUCAUCCGUGGUCAUUCCCUCUACGACGGGGGAUUCGGGCUCGCCGUCAUCGCCAAUUACAACAGGAGCAGCGGCCUGUACACCAGCGAGCUGCUGCUGACCAGCCUGACCGAAAUUCUCAAGGGAGGCGUGAAGUUCGGGAACAACUACUUGUGCAACGUGGAAACGAUCCAGUGGUACGACAUCGUCAACGGCGACAGCAAGCCCAACAUGGAGCUCCCGAUGGCGAGCAACAACCCGAAGUGUGGAAAGUGCGACUCGAGCUGCUUCAACGGCUCCUGCUGGGCCCCCGGUCCGCUCCACUGCCAGACCUUGACGCAGCUGAACUGCGCUCAGCAGUGCUCCAAGAGGUGUAAAGGACCUUCACCCAGCGACUGCUGCAACGAGCACUGUGCCGCCGGCUGCACGGGACCCCGGCCCACCGACUGCCUGGCCUGCAGGGACUUCCAGGAUGACGGGGUGUGUAAGGACUCCUGCCCGGGCCUCAUGCGCUACGACCCCAACCUGCACCAGCUGGUCCCCAACCCCAACGGGAAGUACAACUUCGGGGCCACCUGCGUGAAGAGCUGCCCGCAUAAUUACGUGGUGACCGAUCACGGCGCGUGCGUGCGGACGUGCAGCGGGAACACCUACGAAGUGGACGAAGGGGGAGUCAGGAAGUGCGCCAAGUGCGAAGGACUGUGUCCGAAAGUGUGCAACGGGCUCGGCGCUGGAAACCUGAUCAACACCUUGUCCAUCAACGCCACCAACAUCGACUCCUUUAAAAACUGCACCAAGAUCAACGGCAACAUCGCCAUCAUUCACACGUCCAUUUACGGGGACGUGUACACCAGAACGCCCCGGAUGGAUCCGUCCCAGCUUGACGUGUUCAAGACGGUGAAGGAAAUCACUGGGUACCUGUGGAUCCAGACGUGGCCGGCGAGCCUGAGCUCACUCAGCCCCUUCGAGAACCUGGAGGUCAUCCGAGGCCGCACCAAACGGGGAAUCCGCAGUGUGGCCAUCACCCAGCUGGACGUCGACUUCCUGGGCCUGCGGUCGCUCAGAGAGAUCAGCGACGGGGACGUGGUCAUCCGGAGCAACCAGAACCUCUGCUACACCGACGGCGCCAAAUGGAAGAAGCUCUUCAAGUCGGAGAGCCAGGUUGCCACGAUAAGCGACAACGCCGACGCCACUGCGUGCGCUGCGAGGAACAACACUUGCGACAGGAAGUGCACGGCGGACGGCUGCUGGGGCCCGGGCCCGGACAUGUGCUUCGCCUGCCGGGACUUCAGCCGUGACGGGAGCUGUGUUGACUCCUGCAACAUCCUGGAGGGGGAUCCGCGGGAAGCAGUUAUGAAUAAAACCUGCGUGGAGUGUCACCCCGAGUGCCAGCGGAUCAACGGCACGGCGACCUGCAGCGCGCCCGGUCCUGCAAACUGUACGAAGUGCGCCAACUUCCAGGACGGACUGUUCUGCGUGUCCCGCUGUCCACAAGGCGUGCCGGGGGAGGGCGACUCGCUGGUGUGGAAAUACGCCGAUGACGCCAGAGUGUGCCAGCUCUGCCACGCCAACUGCACCCAGGGGUGUGUCGGACCAGGGCGUGAAGGCUGCCACAUUAAACGGCCGAUGGGGCUCUCCAUGGUGUCGGCCGGCGUGGUGGGCGGGCUUCUGGCCGUUCUCAUCGCGGGGCUGUCUAUAUUCGUGCUGCUGCGCAGACGACACAUCAAGAGGAAGAGGACCCUGCGGCGCCUGCUGCAGGAGAGAGAGCUGGUGGAGCCUCUGACUCCGAGCGGCGAGGCUCCGAACCAGGCCCUGCUGCGCAUCCUCAAAGAGCCCGAGUUCAAGAAAAUCAAGGUGCUGGGCUCGGGCGCGUUCGGCACGGUCUACAAGGGUCUUUGGGUCCCAGAGGGAGAAGAUGUGAAGAUCCCGGUGGCCAUCAAGGUGUUGAGAGAGGCCACGUCACCAAAAGCCAACAAAGAGAUCCUGGACGAGGCGUACGUGAUGGCCAGCGUGGAGCAUCCCCACGUGUGCCGCCUGCUGGGCAUCUGCCUGACCUCCACCGUGCAGCUCAUCACGCAGCUCAUGCCCUUCGGCUGCCUGCUGGACUACGUCAAGGAGAACAAGGACAGCAUCGGCUCGCAGCACCUGCUCAACUGGUGCGUGCAGAUCGCCAAGGGGAUGAGCUACCUGGAGGAGCGCCACUUGGUGCAUCGUGACUUGGCGGCCAGGAACGUCCUGGUGAAGACUCCGCAACACGUGAAGAUCACCGACUUCGGCCUGGCCAAGCUGCUGAGCGCCGACGAGAAGGAGUACCACGCAGAUGGCGGAAAGGUGCCGAUAAAGUGGAUGGCUCUGGAAUCCAUCCUGAACAGAACGUACACACACCAGAGCGACGUGUGGAGCUACGGUGUGACCGUCUGGGAGCUGAUGACCUUUGGGACCAAGCCGUACGACGGGAUCCCAGCCAGCGAGAUCGCCGGCGUGCUGGAGAAGGGAGAGCGCCUGCCGCAGCCGCCCAUCUGCACCAUCGACGUCUACAUGAUCAUGGUCAAAUGCUGGAUGAUCGACGCCGACAGCCGGCCUCGGUUCCGGGAGCUCAUCGCCGAGUUCACCAAGAUGGCCCGCGACCCGUCCCGGUACCUCGUCAUCCAGGGCGACGACCGGAUGCACCUCCCCAGUCCCACCGACACCAAGUUCUACCGCAGCCUGAUCAGCGGCGAGGACAUGGAGGACGCCGUGGACGCCGACGAGUACCUGGUGCCGCAGAACGGCUUCUUCUCGCACGCGCCGCUGCUGCACUCCACGAGCGUCACUAGUAGCAUUGGGACAUGUCACAGCAAAAAUGGCUUAUUGAACGGCCAGCCGAGCAGAGACGGCAGCCUGGUCCUCCGCUACAUCCCCGACCCCACCGACAAGCUGCUGAACCAGGCCUUCCAGCCAGCUCCAGACUACAUGAAUCAGAACGGCGUGUCGGACAUGGCCAACCCGAUCUACCAGCACCCCGGCCCGCCCCGCAGCCUGCUGCCCACCAUCUCCUCGGUGGAGGCGGAGUCGGAGUACCUGAACUGCUUCAGGCCCGGCGGCCCCGAGUACCUGAACGAGGCGGAGCCGCCGCGCGGCCCCCCGCCCCCCUGCAACGGCCUGCACAAGUACCACCCCCAGACCAGCAUGGACAACCCGGACUACCAGCAGGACUUCACCCCCUCCUUCAAGAGCCACGCCAACGGGCACAUACCGGCAGCGGAGAACGCCGAGUACCUGGGCCCCGACUGAGGAGAGCCCGGUCCGGAGGCAUCAGCUGACAAAGCACAAACUCUCCUCCCCUCUGAAGUCCUGACUUCCUCCACAUUGAACCAGUCUCACUCCACAAACUUCCCUGAACAGACUUUUAUUUUCUUGAGGUGAGAGCUGCUGGAUCGGACACUCGCUGCGCCCUUUUCUUUUAAAAAAAAAAAAAACACACGCAGAGCUCUUUCAUCCAGAUGUGUCGGCGCAGAACACGUGUUCUAGCUUCAGACCGUGAACAUUUCUCUGUGGUGACGAGUUGUGGGAGUUCCUGAGGCGGCUGGUUCACAUUCCUGGGAGGCCCGAUCCGACGGCCGGCGAGGAUCCCGCAAUGGAAAGAAUGUAUCCUGGAUGUCGAUUGGGAAAACUGGUGAAUUCUGUCAUUUGAACAUGUUACUUUUAAUGCUACAGAGCGCCCUGAGGGUCAUGGCGGGAAGCUUUUGAGGACGGCGGCUUGUUGCACAAUUGGAAGUUUCACAAAGUUUGGCUGAAAUCACUUUAAUGUCCCGCAGGGGGAAACGUCAGAGACGUGACCGUUUUACUGCAGAACCUCUGCCGGGAGACGCGCACGUCUCGUUGCACAAGAAUGUAACGUCAAGGCAUCAGUGAGGAACUACACCAUCCAGAGAUAAUAUUGCAUAACUUGAGCAAAAACAACAUGAUGUAGCUUAACAGGGCUAAACUGGCAGAAGAACAGAAGGAGGUUCUGCCAAACUGUUGAUGAAAAAUGUUUUGCAGUUUAACAGGUACUGCAGCACAACAUGAAUGAGAAUGCUUAAGAAAAUGCCAACAUAACAAAGGAUUGCACAUGAGUGCAAAUCUAAAUUCAUCAAGUUAUUUCCUGGUGCCUGUCGGUAAACUUUGCCAAACUUCUUGCUAAAUAACUCUGACAUAUGGUGAAGCCAAGCAGAAAUGUUGCACUAAAGUUAUUUCAAAGUUCCUCGCAAAGCUUAGAAAGAAUUUCGUGAGGUCAUGUGUUUUUUGCGUGGUAAUGGGCCCAAAUGGGAAUUCUUUAAAAAAAAAAAAAAAAAAAUCAAAUGCAGCAAAACAUGCAUAACAGUGCCGAAGUAUGGGAACAUGUGCAAACGGAUGGGAAUGCUAAAGAAACCUUCGACAACUGCUGUGAGAAUCACUGGGAGAAUGUAAAACUGUUGCACGGAGACACAAAAUCUUUGCAAAAGCUCGAAAUGAUCGCGAUUUUCUUGCUAAAAUAACUCUGAACAUUAUAAAUUGCACAAACAGUGGCUACUGGAUUGCAUCGUCCUCUAAAAGCAGCCUGGCCAUGACCCGAAGCGGCUCCAUACGAACCUUUCUGUGGCGCCUCUCGGCUCCGGAGCUCGGAGCCCAGCCCCUCUUUUCCCCAGAGAGCGCCGUAUCGCACCAGCCAUGUGGAGAAUGUGACGGCAAACACAGCCAAUGCGAUUGUGUUGUGUGCUUUGUAGUGCAGAACCUGCAGCACUUUUGUAACGUGAAGCGUAUUUGUGGAGAGCAGGGAAGUCUGCGUACGCAGAGAGCUCUGGACUUGUCGGGCUUUCCUGCUCCUGACGGACAAAACCUGAAUGAAAUCGUCAUUGAGUCGAAUCCUAGCUUUAUUUUGAUUGUUUAAACUUGGAAACCUGUAUGAAAAAUGCAGGUUGAACCCCAGUUUUUUGUUUUUAUAGUAGCUUUUCCUGUAUAUUGUUGAUUUCCUUUAGUUUCAUGGACUGUUUGACACCGGGUGUUGACGCCGUGUCUUGGACUCUCUAGCUUCAAACCUCUUUUUAGUCCUGGUAGAGCAUUAACCUUUCGAACCGUAUUCCUAAUUUUAAAGGGAUAUACUAUUGUAGCAGCCUGUAAGCCUUCUUUUUUGCAGAUUUGACACAGGUACAUGUACAGAAAACAGCCAUUUUUACUGUGAUAUACCCCGAAAAUAGCAUCGUAUAAUUUAUACUCAAUACACAGUUUUGUCAUAUUUUACCUGAAUAUGCACCUAUUCCCAUUUUGUGAUUAUGUCAUUUGAAAGUGAAUAAAUCUUUUUUCUAUGGA